AUGUCAUAUCUGAUCUGCGGCAUUGUUGAAUACCUACUGGAGCAAAAAAAAGAUGUAGAAGCAAGUCUCAAGACCAUAGGAUACGAAAUCGGCAUAAAGCUUCUUGAGGUAUGUAACUUUGAAAGAGAAGUACAUAUUCCAACACUUCUUUACAGAAUUGCAUUUGACUUUCUCUCCUUGGUUGGAGACAGUGACAAGAGGAUUGACAAGUCUGAAGACUCCGACAAGACCUACUUCCUCACAGAUGCCGAUGGAGUCCUCUCAAGGUUCAUGUCUGUGCCUACCGAAUGGGAUGGGUUUUCCGCAGAUUCGGUUGUGUGUGGAAUGAUAGAGGCCGUUCUGAUGGCAUCUGGAUACCGCUCCGAGGUCACGGCAUUUCCAAAACCUUCGGAAAGUCUCUCCAACAGAGUUAUCUUCCAGAUCAACAUUCUCGAUCCAUAG